ACGGGACGUGACGUCGCCUUCACGUUCACGUCUGCGCCAGUGUUUUUAAAAAAGCGGCGGUUGGUCCUCGAGCCCUCUUUUAGUAAACCAACAGUUUAAAUCUUUAUCUUUAUUUCAUUUCUCCAGCACGGAGACCAAACGAUUUUCUUCUGUAAGGUUACAGGUCUCUCAUGCAGCACCAGCAGUAUGCAGAGGAGCAAGGCCUCCUGGGCUCGCUGUGUCCUGGGCAGAAGAAGCUGGAAGGGAAGACCUUUUACCUGGACAAUGUGAAGAGACGCGCCACGGUCCUGCUUCUGGAGACCGUAACUCUUCUAGGAGGGCGGGUCGAGAGUUUCCUGCACAAGGAUGUGAGCUUUGUUGUGACUGGAAGCCAAGAGUGCCCGAAAGAGCAGAAAUGUCCAGAUACCAAAGCGUUGACAAAGGGGACGAAGGAAGAAGCCAAACGUCCCAUAAUGACACGAGAGACCAUCCCCUGCACUGACAAACGGCCACCAGUAACUCCCAGACCAGUGGCGUGUGGAAGCCGCGGGAAGGCCCUGCUUGAAAAAGCCAUUCGCAACAAUGAAAGACUGCAGAGGAGCAGUGUUUUGACCAACGCCCGAUCAUGGGGAGUGAAGAUUUUAUAUGUGGAUGAUGUGCUUUUAUAUUUAAAACAGUUGACUCGAGAGAGCUUCAACGCGAUGCACAAGAGGCCAGAGAGGACUUACGCCAAACAACAAGGUUCACCUGUUGUUAAAGCUGCAGCUUUGAGGUCUCCCUAUCUUAAAAUUGAAGACUUAAGCAGGAAAUACAAACCUUUACAUAUGCAGUCCAUGACCUUCCCCACUCUAUGGUACUCAGGCCGUUUUAGUCCCUUUGAAUCUCCUCCUCCUCAGUUUGAAAAACGGACUGAGCAAGGAGAGACUAAAGCGAGGGAGAAGAAAAAAGUUGAAAGCAGUCAUCAGGACAAAUCUCAAACCCCGCUCAGCUGUAACCCGUCACCUUGGAGGCCUCGCAAAAAGGACCUGUCUUACUGUGAAUGCUGUCAUCAACCCUUCACCAAUUUAGACGAGCACUUGCAGUCUGAUCAGCACCGUGCGUUUGUGCUGGACCUCUCGAACUACAGCGUGGUGGACCAGCUUGUCGAUGAAAUGCUUCCAGGAUUCGACCCAAAUCCACCUGAACAAUCCGAAGAAACGCUCAACAGACCACCAACUCCCUUGCUCAUCGAAGAUGCCUGUGAGCUGGAGCAUCUCACCGAUGCUGAGACGGAGCAUGCCGUCCAGGCUCUGCAGAGACAAAGUUCAGCGUUUGAUUCGACUAUGGUUCCACUUUCCUGUGGCCCGGGCAGCCCAUCAAUACCCAUCCUAAAACCAGCCACUCCACUUGCAGAUAUCCAGCCCUUCACGACUAACACACAUCUCCAGAUUUCAGACAGCCAUCCUCACGCUUCAAGUCCAGCCAUGCCUGUACUGGACGCUGAACCACAAGCCUAUGACUCAGCCAGCCAGCAGCCUGAUACUCCUCAUCUCUUCCCCUGCCCUGACACGCCAUGUCCAUCCCCUGACCCAUACUCCCGGCCUCCAGUCCUCAGCCCUUAUCCCUCCUACGUCAUGGAGCCGCACUCCCCGUACUCUGAGCCUCCUGUUCUCAGUCCUCAACGGUGCACCGCAGAGGAGACUGAGGAAGGACACACUAAAAUGGACACUGCAGAAAGUGUGUCUCAGUUUGUCCCUUGUGUCCCAAUUCCUAUCUCCACCCUGCAUCUGUCCUCUCUGACUUUGAUAAACACUGAAGGAGUAAAGGGACUAAACCAAGGAAGUUUUUUAGGAUUUAAUGGCAUCAUGUGUUUCGCCAGUGGUUUGGAGAGUGCUGCCCUGUUGUCACGUAGAUCUCGCUCCCUCCCUCGGCCGUCAGCGACGGAAGUAAACCCCAAAAAGCGCUGUAGAUCAGCCAGCCCCGAACGCAGCCGGAGCAAAAGGAGGAGGACUACAGCGAAAUUUGGACAUCAGUUUGCAAAACCUGAAGGCUGUUUAUUAUUUGACUCUAGUCAGAUGAUACGAUCCUGUCCUAACCCAAAGACCUCUUCAACAUGCACUGUGGAAACACUUGAUUUAAAACAGACUUUUACUAUGUUCUGUGUUCCUUCUGUACACAAUUUCACUCGGGCACCAAAUCAAAUGGACUUGUCGGGUCAUGGUAGCUUCUCUGUCUCCCAUCAGCCGUCACUCUCCUCAAAAUCAAAGACUUUUGAUCCUCCACUGCACUUCCCCAAUGAUAAAUCCCCCAGUGCGUUUUCCAGUCAAGACUCUCAACGCUCACUAUCUCACUCUACCUCAGUGUGCAUCGAGUCGGCACUCAUCCCAGACUUAGCCGCUCUCUCUCCAUCAUCGUCAGACACCGGCUGGGACUGUGACCUGCUGUCACGGCUGGGCCCGACGUCGGCGCCCCAUCUGACGCCCGCUGAGCAGAGCUGUGAGCUCGACCAGGAACUCCUCCACAGGCCGUGCACCUGGAUGCACGACACCAGCUACGAGUCACGUUUGCACACUGUCCUCCAGCCGUCGACCCCGGCGGCCUCACUGUGUGGGGAAGAAAGGGACCCCUCCGCGUUUUCCAGGACGGUGGUACAGAUUGUUGAGGUUCAGCACUGAUUGUUAUUUUCUUCCUGGAGUAGUAAGAUUUUUCACUUUGCAGCUGCAAACCCACCACAAGACACAAUGGGCAGCACUUAAGCUCAUAAAAAUAAUGUGUACACUGAAUAAAUAUUUAAAACACAGUGUAAGCUAAAAUGUAGAGAGGCAGACCUUCAUUUUUACGUAGAUAGACGUUACUUAGUGGAUGCUGCAUCUUCCCAUGAAUUUGAAGAGCAUCCAUUAUCAUUUUUCUUCUCGACCUGUGAUCCUACAUGUACGCACAAUGCAUGUCUUGCUGACUGCAGUCUUUCAGCAGCCAUGUCCGGGAACACAUGGUGGUAUUGAGAAUUUAAUGAGGCUUUUCUGAAGGGGGGGCAUUACUCAAUUACCGUAAGUGCUGCGUCUGGAUCAUAUCCCACUUGUGCCGCGCGUUGACGAGGCGUUGGUCUCGCACGCACAACCUGUGAGAUGUCAAAUCUCUCUAAGGCGUUUCCUGCCUUUUUAUUUUUGAAGGUGGGCCAAAGGACGGGCUUCGUCAAGGAGACACGACUGCUUCACAGUAGCGUGCUGCAGCCACGAGGGAGAUUUAUUAUCUUCACAUGUCAGUUUUUGAAGUGUAAGGUCAUCAUAACAAAAGUAAAAAUCACACUUUCUGAAUAUUUCGGACGUUGGAAGCACAGAUGCUGAACGCAACGAGCAAAUGUGAUUUCUGCGAGUAGCGAUUUUUAUGAAUGUGAAGUCAACUCUUGUACAGUGUUUUUAAAUAAAUGUUUUUAACCAUCAA